AUGGUUUGCCGAACUAGGCUUCGUUGGGACUUGGACCUUGUGGGUCUAGUGCAAGAACAUUUCGAAGGCGCUAAGGGGUCGGGCGAAGAAGAGGUCACCGCUGCCCAACUUUCACUCUUCAAGCAUUGGAAGUCUCUAGCGGAAGUGGAAGACCAGGGCCUGUACCUAUUCACGGACCACACUAGGCUCGAGGCUUUCUGGCGCACCCUCUGGCUGGACCGCUUCCGCGUCGACGGAGAGGGCACAGUAUGCUUCCGCCGCAUUCCCAAGCUUGAAAACGAUAGCACAUACUCGUUCAAUUCGAGAUCGCUCAAGGAUGGAGAGACUGUGCGUAAAGUGCUCGCUGGCCUGUUGGCUGAAACUGUGAAGGCGUACCGAUUUGCCGACGUCAACCUGUACGGCCUCAUUUUUCCGGACCUCUCAAGAAUAUAUCGGUAUCGGCCACCCAAACGUGCGGGAGGGGGGUAA